CUGAACUGAAUUAAGAGUGUUUUCAUCAAUUGGAAAAGAAUCUUUCGGUGUGUUUGUAAUUAAAUUUUUGUGAUUAAUAUUAAACAAUAAAGAAAUGGAUGGAGGAUCAGCAGAUGUUCAGGAUAAUGUAAACACUGAUAAAGAUGUAGAUUCUUCUAAAGUUGUUGAAGAAUGUAUUUUGGAGGAAAAAGCUGAUAUGAAAAAGACAGAAGAGAGCUGUGAAAUAAGCACAAAGAAAGAAGGUUCUAGUAAAAAAAAUGGUUCAGAAGAAAGUGUUGCACAGUCAGAAAGCAUUAAUAAAACUGCAGAUGAAAAUAAGGAAGCAAAUGAUGAAUCAAAAGUUCUUGAAAAUGAAUCUAAAGAAGAAUUAGAAACUACCCAAAGUAAAGAAUUGGAAAUGUUCAAAAAUGAACAACAGAAUAAGAAGUCUGUGGAAGAAGUUGAUAUCAAAACGGAAAAUGCCCUAACUACAGAAAAAAUUCAUGAAACCUCAGGCCUAGAAAAUGAUUCUCCUAGUGUUGUGAAGAAACCUGAAGAAACAGCUUUAAAAAAGACUGAUUUAGAAAGUAAGGAUUUUGAAGAUGUUGAAAAUAAGCAUUUGAGUAUAAGUUCUGAAGACAGGAUUGAGGUUAAAGACAACACACAAGAAAUAAUAAGUCCUAGUAAGACAGUAAUGGAUGAAACAGUUUCUAAUGUUAGCAAAGUGGCUACAAAUAGUAAUUCUGAAAAAAGUCAUGACAGUUUUGCAUCUGGUUCUGUAAAAGAAUCUGAAUUUCUUAAUGAAGCCAAAAAUGAUAAAUCACUAGAGCCUUCGGAAACAGGUGUUAAAGAUGAAAAUGUAGUUUUAGAUUCUGUUGAAUGUAAUGGUGAAGAUAAACAGAUUAAUAAAGAAUCUGACAAUGCUGUGGAUAGCACUGUGGUUCCUGGUGUAGAUAGCACUGUAGUUUCUGGCAUAGAUAGUACUGUCAUUUCUGGCAUAAGUGCUUGUGAUUCAUCUGAAAAUGUAAUCGACAAGACUGAUAUAGCUAAAGAAAAGAAAAAAAGUGAACUUAAAGAUCCUGAAAAUGCAUCUCAAAAUGCAAUAACUACAAAAAUUAAAUCAAAUAAAACUGUGGGUAAAGCAUCAAACAGCUCUGAAGAAGUUACUGAAACGUCUCCCAGUGCUGAAGGAUGUGUGGAAACUUCUGUUUCCACAGCCAUUGUUAAUGGAAGUAAGGCUGCAAAAAGAAAACUUGAAAAUAAUGCUCUCAGUGAUGAAGAGAACAGAAAAGAAAAGAAAAUGAAAAAUGCUGCUGCUGAUGUUAAAAUGAUAGAAGAGCCGACAGAAGUUCCUGUAAAAACCCUUGCAUCUUCAAAUGAUAAAGAUCAAGAGCAAGAAAGCACUGUUCAGCCUCAGAAUGUUGCUAAACAAACAGAUGAGAAGUGUGAAAAUAAUUCUUCAAGGGGUCAAACAUCUAAAAAUGUCCAGAAGCGGAAGAAAAGGGCAGCAGAUUCAAAAGAACCUCAGCAUGUAGAUAAUGAUCCAAAGAAGGCUAAGCGUGCUUCUCAAGUUGAAGAAACUACUGUAAAUGGAGAACUUGCUGCUGCACCUGGUGGUAGCAAAGACGUAGAAAUGACGUCCGAAAAGAAUGCUGAUGAAGCAGGUGGUGCUGCACCAGGACUAAAAUCGCAGAAAUCAUCUGCGUCACCAGUGCGACAGUAUUUGAAUCAGUUUGUUCCUUUCCUUCUUGAAGGUCUAAUGAAACUAGCUUAUGUGAGUAUGGGAUGCUAUGAUUUGCCAAGAGCUGAAAGAAGCUAUCCUGUUUUUUGAGAAUUAAGGCCAAGAGCUAUCCUGUUCUCUUAAGAAAAAGAUGUUCUUCACAAAGAAAGCUUGUGUUUAGAUAACCACCUCAUGAAAUUAAAAAUGUGAUUCCAAAUGGAAAUGGCUGUGCAGCCUUUGUUCAUGUCUGGAGUAAAAGAGCGUUUCAAAGACGAACGUGGGACCAUGCAUUUCUUUUAUUACUGUUGUACGAUUCAUUUACUUGUGAUUUUAAAAGUUAGAUGUGUAUUGAGACUUGUGAACAAAAUCUUACAUCAAAUGAAUUGCAACCUUUGGUUGGAAUAAUUACCUAAGGGAAUAUUGCUGAUUCCUUGUCAUCUCAUCUUAAUAUUAAAACUGUUUGAUGUAAUAAAAUUAUGGAAAUUGACAUAUUCAAAAAAAAGGAGGAAAAAUAUUGCUGUGUUCUGCCCCCAAAAUAUGAAAAAAGGAAUAAAAAUGCUUCAUAUAAAACAACACAAGUCACAAAAAAAUCUUACCUCACUAUAGCGCUUAAUUAACGUCUAUCAUUUUUAAAAGAGGAUGCCAAAAUGUUAAUUUCAUGAAUGGUGUUUUCAUUCAUGUUCACAAGAAAGAAUGGAUAGAUGAAAACGGUAUGAAAUUGUGAAUAAGAAAUGUUUAGCAAAAGCACCCUGUUGCCUUAAGGAAAAACCCGCAGAGAACAAAGCGCAGUCACGGGACCAAACCUGUCGAAAUGGAUCAAUGCCGCCGACCUGCGCAUUUUCAGCAGUUAAGCCUAAUUUUACAAAAAAAAAAAAAAAAAAAUAAAAUCAGCACUUUGUUAUGACUUCAAAUUUUGAAGUUGCAUUUUUAAUGUGUAUUAAUA